AAGUGUGGGCGGGACCUUUCACUCUUUUUUGUCCUCAUGCUCUGAUAGGCAAGAGGCACCUUGUUUCAUUUAUGAGCAUGUAAAGGCCAAGUCCUAUUUGAAGGCAGUCAACACAGUGAAUCAACAUAGAGUUGUGCCAGUAUGAAAGGGCAUAGCUGAGGAGAUUCACUGGUCACUUCUCACUCUACUGGGCUCUUCACUGUAAUAUGCAAUACAACAGCUGUCUGCGGUGACUACAGCUCAGCUACAGGUCGAUUGGGUGCUGUGGUUGGAGACUGCAUGGCUUCAGGUGGAGCAGAGGAAGAUGAUGGAGGCAUUCCUUUGGACAUUGACAACGUGCACAUGCUCCUACAAGUGGAGCAUGAACAGAUUCAGAAAAGAACUUUCACCAACUGGAUAAAUGCUCAACUGUCUAAGAGAUGCCCUCCCUCGUUUGUGUCAGACCUGUUUUCUGACCUUAGAGAUGGGUCACUGCUGCUUGACCUGUUGGAGGUGAUGAGUGGUCAGUCUAUGAAAAGACAAAGGGGGCAGGGCGUCUUCCAGCAGAGGGCCAACAUUGAGACGGCACUAAACUUCCUCAAGAAGAAAUCUAUCAAAUUGGUGAACAUAAACAUCCCAGAUAUCAUUGAUGGACGGCCCUCAAUCAUUCUCGGCCUUGUGUGGACCAUCAUUCUCCGCUGUCAUAUUGAGGAGUUGGCCAGUGCUCUCUCCUUCAGCUCUCGUCAUUCCUCCCUCGACUCUCUGUCCAGCCUGGACUCCUGGUCUGGCAGCCCCAUCCCAGCCAGUCCAGUUCCCGCAGGCCGGAUGUCUCCCCUCCACAGACGCUUCAGAAUAUCUGCCAAGAAGGCCCUGCUCAUGUGGGUCAGGGACCAAUGCCAAAAGGUUGGUUGCUCUGUCAGUGUGAAAGACUUUAAGUCGAGCUGGAGAAGUGGAGAGGCCUUCUUGGCCAUCCUGUGUUCUCUCAGACCACAGCUGGUUGAUCUCUCACUGGUCCAGUCCAGGAGCAACCAGGAGAACCUGGAAGAAGCUUUCCACCUGGCUGAGAGGGAGCUCCACAUCCCCCGCCUGCUGGAGCCCCAGGAUGUUGAUGUGAAAGACCCCGAUGAGAAGUCCAUUAUGACAUAUGUGGCCCAGUUUCUACAGUACUCCAAUGACAUGCCAGCACCUGAUGACUAUCUGCAGCUGUUUCCUCUGGAUCAGCCCUCCUGCUUCUCACCUGUGAAUUUACCUGCUCACUUCACUCCAGCAGUUGCUGUCUCACCGUUACGCCAGGUCUCCCCAAGUGAGAGAGCACAAGAGGUAACUUGUUGGCUGGAGCAGGCCUUUCAGGAACUGUCAGAAGCAUGGACGGCUGCACAGAAUUCAAGCUAUGCAGAAAAAUAUCGAGUGUUCCAGAGUCUCGCUGGCUCCUUCACUGAGCAAAGGAGACCUGUAAUGACCCUGCUCACAAACAUCAAACGAUGCCCUGAGCUGAGUCGAGAGCAGCAGGCUCUCAGGGCAGCGUGGGAUCGUAUGGAGGAGGAGCUGCAGAGAUGUAAAGCAGACCUGGACCUGAGUCUUCCUCCUCCUCUGGACUCUGUGGUUGCAUGGCUGCAGCGUGCAGAGGCAGCGCUAACAGAGGAGGGAGGAAGGGUGAAAGAUCAUGCAGGUGCUGCUAAAGAAGCAAGAGGUCAACAAGACACCCUGAAGACUUUAAUUAAAGAGAUGAGCCACCAUGUCCAGAUCCUUGACAACUACCACAACAUGGAUGGCUCAGGGAACGUGCUAGUGCCUCUUGAAAAGUUUGAUGAGAUAAAAAGACGUGUAACCCAUGUCAGAGUCACAGCCAAAUAUCAAGGGAUCAAGUUGGAAUACCAGGAAUAUCGUCACACUGUGCUGGACCUCCUGAAACGUAUCAAUGCCAAAAUCCAGACCUGGAAAACUCCCUACAGAUCAAAGGAGGCCGUAUAUGUGCUCCUGCAGGACUGGCAUGAAACAGUGGAGCGUCAAGGCAUAGUUUUGAUUCUGAUGGACUCUCUCCAAAUCCUGAAGGAGAAGGCAAAUGCUUACACCAGCAAGGCAGCACUAGGUGCAGAUUCCCAGCUUGUUAAUCGUCAGGUGAAAGAAGCAGAAAGUGAAGCUGAACUGGUUACACAAGCUGUAACGGCCAUGAGAGGGCUGAUGGAGAGAGUGGUGUCUGCGUGGGAGACUUACAACAAGUGCCUCGUCUCUCUACAGACGUGGCUCUCACAGACUGCUCAGUCACAAACCCAGUCUGCUCCUGAGGGGACACAGGAUAUGAGUGAGUGGAUGUCAUGUCAAGCGAAGCUAAAUGAGGUGGGGAACUUGGUUAUUGAAGUGACAGAAACUUCAACAAGCCGCACACUGUCUGAACAACUCAGCAAGGUCAACAUGCAGUGGGCUGAACGUAUGAAGAGGACAAAGUUUGAGGUAUCAUCGGAGCCCAGUGUCGGACCCCCGUGUCUUCAAACGGUGCAUUCACUGACCCAGGAAGCCAGCUUGCUACUGAGACAACCACUGGAUGUGGCCUCAGUCCCACUGAGGGCUAACAGACAGAAACUACAGCUACUGAGUAAAAAGAUGACAGAAGUGGACAUGUCAUCCGCAGACUUCCAAACAAGCUGCUUAGAAAACUUCCAGCAAACUCUCCCACAGGUGCUGGCUGAAGCAGAGAGGACCUGCGGGGAGCUGCAGCGGGCCUCAUCCAGACUAGAGGGCCAUCUGGCUGAGCUGGAGCGCUGGAUCACAGAUGCCCUGGACUGUUACCAGCACCUAAAGGAGAAAGAGAAGAGAGGACACUCUGCGCAGGACUCUGCAGCCAAAGGCCUGAUCUCUCGAGGCUUACAGCUGGAGAACCAGGUUGUAACGGAGGGACAGGAGCUGCAGGACUUCGUUGCACACGUACGGAAAACCUCUCCUCUGCAGAGCCUCAGUACGUCUGGGCUGCAGGACAGGAUCACAGAGGCAGUCUCCCACUGCCAGGAGAUUCUUGGAAUGUUUAGUUCCCUUGGGUUUAAAGGGCACGUGGGUGAAGCAGUCCAUCAGACACAGAGAAAGCCGGAGACAGGGUUAUUUGUUGUAGCCAAAACCAAACAUGUAGACCAGACUGGGAAUGUUAAGCUGCAGACCCAGGACCCAAGUCAACUUUCACCUCAGGUUCCACCUCAUACACCUCAACAGAGGACAAGAGACCUCCAGCACAAGGACAUACAGGAUGAAACUAUUGUUAUACCCCAUGUGAAAAUCCAAAUGCUGCCUCAGCCUUCGAGGGAGUUAGUGCCUCAUUUUCACUCUUCUCUUGUAAAAGAAGCUGAAUCUAAGCCCAUCAUACAGCCUCGGUCAUUUCCUGAAUCCCAUACUCAAGCUUUAAGUCAAAAUGACGAACCUUCCACCAUCUUUGACCCAAACAUUUCAAAAAACUCUGCUGCUGUCCAAACAUGUAACAGAGGAAAAGGGAAGCUCGUCCCCCUCACAAACUCACAAAUCCAAACCCAGAAUAAGAGGGCAACCAGACACUCUACAGGUAAUAAAACACCUCCACAGCCACCGGUCGUGGUCCGCAGUGAAGUCCAUUCAAAAGCCCAGUCGAUGGCCAGAAGCAGACUGGAGAAGACCAGGGUUCGUCUGCAGGGACGCAUCCAGCAAGCCAUCAAGUUAUUCAGUGGCAAAGAGGUUUCAGAGUCACAAGCCAAGAAGAAACAGCGGGCUUUAAAGACUCUGCAGCCUGUCAUCUUGGAGGAGUUCCUGGAUGCAGUGGAAGGUUUUGGGGCCUUCUGCUCUGGGUCCCAGCUCCAGGACUUGAUGCUCCUGUCUGACUCAGUCAGGAAGCAGUGGGAGGUUGUCAUGGAUGAAGAUGCAUCUGCUGAGGAGCGGGUUGAAUCACUCAGAGCGCUGUGUGAGACAGUGACACCAAGUGAAUCAUCCUGCCUGGCAACAGAUCUGCUGAAAGAGUCAGAUGAGGCUCAGGAAACACAAUGCAGUGACUCAGUGCUCCCAGCACACAGCAGGGGACGGCAGCUUGGGGGAAACACCCCGCUGAGUGCGACUGGCAUAUCGGCCGACCCACAGCCGAGCAGCAGUCUGCCGCGGGAACAAAGGGAGGACAGCCCGCGACGCGACCUCUCACCUGCGGCUGGCGAGGUGCCAGUUCACGGUGAUAUCCUGCCUCUGCAAUCUCAGGAUGCCCCAACGGAAAGACCGGUCUUAAAGUCUUCACUUCGAGCCCAAGAGAAGCCACUGAAGGCUCGUCUACUGCACAUCAUAAAGAGCAGUCAACAAGUCCAGCCUCACAUACAGGCGGUUGUCAGGGGCGACACCGUGGAGGCCAAGCAGGAGGCGGAGUGGACGGUCGUACCAGAGGCGGUUGCCCCAUCACAGGAAGAGCACCCCGCUGAACAGGAAGUACUGGAGAGGUACAGAAAGUCCAGCUUGAUAUUUCAGUCUCAACUUCAGAAUAACAAGCAACAUUUAGAGGCGUUUAUCCCAGAGCCAGUCACUGUCUCUACCCUGCAGAACCAAAAGAAACAACUACAGACUUUAAAACAGGAGACAGAGGCACUAUGGUUUGAGUUUGAGCUCCAGUAUGCCCAACUAUCCCAGUCCCUCCAUCUGAUGACCAGGGAAGACCUGAGUGAGGUGCAGAGGGACUGGGAGCAGCUGACUCAUGAGUGGAAAAGCCAACAAAUGUGCCUGAAGAACAGGAUGACGUCUCUGGAGAAUACUGCUGAUCUGAUGGAGUCUGCAGAUGAUCACCUGGCACUGAUCACACAAAAACUGGACACGAUCAUGUCAGAGUCCAUGGACAUCUCCUCCUUCAACUUGCCUGACCUCAGUCUGCAGUCUGACUUAAAGGAGAUGGAUCACAGGCUGCAGUCUGAAAUGAGAAGACUAUCAAAACAAAGCAGUGAAGAGGAAAGACAACAGCCAGAAGCCACAUCCCUCCACCAGGCUCUCCACAGCAGCGUCAGUCAUCUGAAGCAGCUCAGACAGCAGCUGGAGAAGGUUCAGUUAGCUGCCCAGGCUGUGGAUCACUUCCUGGCCACAGUGAGGGAAGUCAAGGCCGAGAUCCCAGCCCCGCUGGCAAACCAGGACGCCAGCAGGCAGCAAACUGAGGCAGACUGGGAGCAGGAAAGGCAUUCUUGGCACGCAGCAUUGCAGCAGAGGUUGCAGACUGCUGCGGAGCAAUCUGAGAAAGUUGACAGCAAUUUAAAGGCAGCGGGGAUGACUCUGAGCAUGGAUGGGGCGAUCGUGACGUGCCAGGAUGUGGUGACGUCACUGUCCAAGCACGUUGUGGACGUGGAGAAAAAGCUGAUUAGAGGCAGGCAAAGGGAGAGCAAAGAUGAGUUAAAUUCAGUGGGAAAGGAGCAAAUGAAGAGGAAUGAAGAGCUGAAUCCUGUGGAGAUACGUCAGGCAAAGACUGGGGAUGACUCAUCACAGCAGGGAGGAGCACAGGUGCAGGAGCAGGAGCAGGAGCAUCCCCCUCCAAGGAGGGCGAAAGAGGAGCUAGAGUUGGAGGCUGAAAGGAGUAGGCUUGAUGGAGAGAAUGACACAAACAGACAAAGGAAGAAGGAGCACAGGUCUGAGGGGGAUGUCAAGGACCAGAGGAGAAGCAGCAGCCAGGUUAAGAAAGAGGGGGAGGUGAAGGAGAGCUUGGCCCAGAGGAGAGCUGCCUUGUUAGGGGCACUGAGGGAGAUAAAAGGAGCAGCUGAACAUCUGAAACUGCACGAGCCCACCCUGCCUGCUCUGCAGCAGAGGACACGAGCCUUGACUGAGCUGGAAAGUCGUCUCGCUGGCCUCCUGUCUGAGCUGCAGCACGUACGAGAUGCAUCUUCAUCAGGAACCUAUGAUGUGAGUCAGAGCAGCGAGGUGGAGGAGGUCUGGGAGGAGACAACAAGAGCUGUAACUGAACGGCUGGAACAGUGUUGCGUCUUAACUGAGCUGCUGAAGAUGUUUCAGAGCACUCGGGCUGAGCUUAGCGGGACGUUGCAGAGAGCAGAAAGCACCAUCAGUGAACAAGCCUCCUAUAUGGGGAAAGACAACCUGCAGAGAUUACACACUAAGGUUCAGGAAACAAAAGCAGAGCUGAACGGCCUCGGGGACAGCAUAGAGGAGGUCCGCAGCGUCUGCAGGCAGCUUCACGCUCACCUACGUAAGAUACCAGGAUGCAGCAACAUCCCGUUUGAGAGUGAAGCUGAUAUUCUUAUGGACAGCUGGCUGGAUAUAUCAGAAAGAACAGAUUCCUACCUUGAAAACUUACACCGCAGCCUGACUCUGUGGGAUGGAGUCCUCCAGCUGGGAGCAGAGGUGGAGAGCUGGACCGACAACAAACUCACAGAGUUUGCUCAGUCUCCAUCCUUUCAGUCUGAGGGUGACAUCAAGACACUGCAGAACGAGAUUAUGGCCCAAGAGAAGAGUGUGGAGCGAUUCCAACAGAGAGCCAGUGAGAUUCAGUCGCUGCUCCAAAGCACAGAGCCUCUACUGGAGCUGCAGGUGGCUGAGACCCAGAUGAGGAAGAAGAUAGAGCAACUAAAGGAGCUUGGUUCUGAAGCUGAGGACGUUUACAAGCAGAUGGUGGCUGCUAAAGGGACAAAUUGCUGCCAGGGUGGCCGAGUGCUUCAGCUCCCUCCAGAAGAUUCAGGACUCCCUCCUCACUCUCUGUGGUUCAGAUGUUGCAACAGUCCUUGCAAAGAACUGUGUUGGCAACUCCAGACCCAGGAUGAGCAGGCAGAGAGUUUGCUGGAGGACCUGCGUGUUCUGACCUCCAUAGCCAGUCCAGAUAGUCUACAGAGUCUGUCUGCGGAUGGGAUUCAGCUGCAGGAGAGAAUCAGAACCUCCCAUCGGCUCUUCUCUGAGGUGGAAGAACAGACUCAGAGGAACAUCCAGGAUCUCGACAGGCUGGAAAAGGAGAGUGAGGAUUUAGAACGAUGGCUGCAAACCGCUGAGGAAAAAGCAGCAAAGGAGGAGGAUCCUAGUCUCCUGCAAGAGGAAGCAGUUACACAAAGGGCGAGGACAGAGCUCCUCAGUCAGCUUGUGUCAUCCUUACAAAGCAGCAACCUUCAGCAGUCUGCACUGGUGGAAGAAAGUAGCAAACUGCUGGAACGAUACCACAACUUUUACACCAGGGUGCUACAUGUUGCAGAGGAGAGGCAGUGUCCUCUGAGCAGGGACGUCGAGGUGUUUCAGGCUUUGUCGAAGUCCACACAAUCCUGGGUCGGAGAGCUGAGACAACUUGUUGACUCUUUGCUUGGUGAAAGUCCCUGUAUCCAGAGUCCUGUAGAGCAGAGACUUCACUGUGCUCAGGCUGUGGUACAUGCAACAGCAGAUGGAGAGGCUCGCCUCCAGGAGCUCAGAGUUGCUGGAAAUGGUCUGAGCCGCAGGCUGUGUGAUGGAGAUGACCUGAAACAGGAAAUUCAGGAAACCAUCCAGAGAAUAGAGGAGCAGUGGACAGAGCUUCUGCAGUCAGUCGAGCCUUAUCACAGGGUCCUGCAGACUGAUCCAGAGCUCAUCUCCUCCUACCUGUCCAGAAGACAGGAGGUCUGCUGCAGAGUGGAAGAGCUGCAACGCCAAAUUACUCAGCUCCCCAUCUCAUUCCCCUGUCCCGGCACAGCUGAACGUAGACAAGCCUGCCUCCUAGCCCAUCAACUGUGCGAUAAGUCUGAAUCCCUGCAAUUAACUCUUACCAGCCUGGCUGAACAGAGGCAGGGGCUGGCUGAGCGACGCAGCGACGCCAUCUGGAAAGAUUCCUCCUGGGCUGAGCUGGACACCUGCUGCUCAUCGCUGAUGGCAGAGCUGAAGGAUGUGUGUUCCCGCCUCGAGGACGGUUUGAGUAAUGAGGAACAUUUUGGCCAGUUACUGCAGGACUGCCACCAUAAAUUGACAUCUCUGCAGGAGAGGAUGUCAGCCUGUCAAACCCAGAAAGAAAGCUCAGCUGGACUGUUCACUGAUGUACCAGCUCUGGAGGCUUUGCUACAGGAAGUAACAGACACAGAAAAAGAUAUUUUGCAACUUGAAACACUGAAGGACUCGAUCGCAGACAGUGCAACAGUCGAGGCCCGAGUAAGCCUCUCCAAGCAAGUCAGCGAUCUCCAAGACCACAAGAGGGCGCUAGACAGCAGCAUCAGAGAAAACCUGGCACUGCUCAAAGAGAACAACAACCAGAGAGUUCAACAAGUGAAGGAAGAGAUCUCCAGUGUGCAGACAGCAGUGAAAGACCUGACUGAUAAUGUUGGAAAUCUGUGUGAUGACCCUGAAGUGUCACCUGGUAUCAGCCAGCUCAAACAGCACUGGUGCUCUAUACAGGGCUUUGAUACCAGGCUGACAGAGUUGGCUGCAAGAGUAGACAGCCUGCAGAAGACCGGAGAGUCCAGCGUCACACGAGAAAUGCUUCCCGCAGAUGUCACUUUGACUGUCGAUGCAGUUGCUAAAGACCUUGACAGCCUCAGGUCCAUUUUUCCACAGAAGAAGCAGGAGUGUGCAGAAAACGCUGCUAACAGAGUGAGACAGCUCAUCAGGCAGCUGCAGCACUGGAGCCAAACGUGUUGGACAUGGAGCCACAGGACAUGCAGGAAACUGAUGGAGACCAGACAUCCAGAGGGAGGAGAGCUGUGUGGUGCAAAGCUCACAGACGUCCCAGAGAAAAAAUCUGGACUUACAACAUCAAUCAGUCCUGAAUCAGACCUGAAAAGCCCUCAUUUAGCAGCACAGUCUGAGACAUGUGAGUCAGUUGCCGAUCAAGAACAAGAGAAAUCCUGUGAGGACAUCACUGUCAGCCCAAAUAAAGUGUUUACGAUAGUGCUGGACAUGGAGCCGCAGAACACGCAGCAAAGGGAAAAUGUUGGAUCCCGCAGCCCAGAUGUAGCCAGGUGUUCACAGGGAGCAGGGCUGUGUGGUGCAAAGCUCACAGAAAGUUCAAGCACAGGACUCCCUGAGAAAAAAUCUGAACUGUCUUCAACAUUUAUCAGGCCUAAAGCAGAUGAAACAGACUUAAAAGGUCAUGGUCAAGUGGCAGACUCAAUGUCAGAAAACCCCUCAGCAUUAAUGAGUACAGACUUGGAGGAGAUGCAAUCUACAAGUGCCCAAUUAUCAUGCAAAGAAAACUCAGAAACCUAUGAAUUAAUGCACAAUGAGGAGGUGAAUUCCUCCAAAUGCUGUGGCACUGUUGCUGACUGUCAGCUCACCGACACUCAUGUAGCAGAAACAACAUUUCCGGAUGUCAAACAAGAGGAGGUGACAGAUUUCUGUCACACUGAGAAGCAAACAAUGAGCUCAGUCUUGUGCACUGCGGAAAGUUCAGUGCCAACUGGAGAAGCCUUAACUAAAACUCACAUACCUGCCGGUGUCAGUAAACAGGCGACGGCUGCUGACACUGCAGAAAGCGCAGGUGCAGGACAUGCAGAGAUGGCAGAGGAAGAAAACACAGAGGAAGCAAGUGACCCCGAAGGCCCGGAGCCCGAACAUUCAGAAGUGCCAGAAAGACAAGAUGACGCUUCGCUGCUAAGAGAAGAGACUGAAUCAACAUUACCACCUGCAUCGCUGGAGGAGGCAGAGGUGACACAGGGACAGCCUCAGAUGCAAGAAAGCAUGGAGCCCGAGAGGACGGCGCCGGGUUUGUCAGCUGGUCUGGGAGCUGGAGAGAAGACAGGUGGCUCACCAGUGUCCUACAAACACACGCCCACCAUGCAGGAUAUUUUGUCUGAGAUACAGAGCUUGGUGGAAAGAAGUAACAUAAUAAAUAGGACACCACAUAUUGAUUUAAAUUGGUAUCUGAAGUCCUCUCCCAGUGAGGCAGAGAUUCGGUUGGUGCGAACCGUCCAGCAGGUUCUGGCGUGUCGAUAUCAACCAGCACAACUUGAUGUCACAGCUAUGGCCAAACAGCUGGAGGAAGCAGAGGAGUACAGGUGCUGUGUGCAGGAGCAAGUAGCUUCUAUGAAAAGCAUGAGUGCUGCGAGAGUUUGUGAUCCAAAUGCCUUGAAAAGAGCUGAAGGACAGUGGAGUGCAGCGCUGCUGGAUGCCUCUGCCACCGUGCAGGUGAAAGCAGCACAGCUGGAUCAGGUCAAACAGUAUCACAAACAGAUGAAGAUGGCCAGAGCUUUUCUGGAGGUUUUAGCUGCCGAGAAGGAAAAAACGAGCUUAAAUGCUUUGGGGAGUAGCGCUGCUCAAGCAGACAAACUCCACGCCCUGCUGCAAACCAUGGAGCUGAAGAAAAACAUAAUGGAGGAGCUGCUCCACCUAAGUAGCCAAUUAUCAGUUCACCUGAGCGACGCUGAAAGUUCAGGUGCUCUUCUUGCCCAGCUCGGAGACGUCCAAGAGGAGUGGAGGCUUUUAGAGGGAAGUAUCAAGAGAGCUCUACGACACGCUGUGAACUCCACCUCCCAAGCCUCUCUUCUUAUAAAAGAGGCCGAACAGCUUAAAGCCAAAUUCGAAGCUCUUCAGAACUCCAACUUUCAGAGCAAUGACAGCAAGAGCGCUUUAGAGUUAGUUUGCCUGACCACAGACCUUAAACUGUACAACCAGCUUUAUGUGAAUUUACAAUCCCAGGCAGACGCUCUCAUCCAUUUCUCUCUGGGUCAGAAGGAGAAAGAUGAGAUCCAGUGUAGUCUUACGGAGUUCGGGUCUUUGCUUAACGUCACCAAGAGAAAGCUUGACGCUUCCACAUAUAGCUGUGGAGGCAUUUCUUCAACUAAGAUGAACAAACAAUUAGAGGACCUCGUCAUAUGGGCCAAGCAGGCAGAAAACCACAUCUCCACUGGGAAAAAGUUAGCUCUUUUCCCCGAGGAGGCUCGUAUCCAGAUUGUCGACAUGAAGAAAUUUCAGACUGAUAUUUUGUCCCGACGGUCCAAAAUGCAAGUCCAAGUUGAGGAGAUGAAAGAUGUAGUCUCUGAUAUGGAAAAGGAGGAAAGCGACCAAGUGUUGAAGACAGUUGAAGACCUCUACGAGGCCAUUGCUGACAGCUUGGAUCAUGUUCUUGACACCAUGAAGAAACACCUACACCAGAGGGAGAAACUGUUAUCCCAGCUCUCUAGCAUGGAUGCUUGGCUAGCAGAAACACAUGCUAUGAGAGACCCCUGUGCACACGUUGAAAACGUCUCCAAAGCUGACAUCCAAAAGCUGGAGAGCGAGCUGGAGAGGCACAAAUCAGCCACCGCCGAGAUACAGAGCCAGCUCAACCUGGUGGAGGCAAUGACCGACAGUUUCAAGGACAUAGCAGUAGGGUUGAGUCCGGGAGAGAGCCGCUACCUUGUCAACAGACUGUCAGGCCUUUGGACAGAAUUAGAUGGACUGCUAGCUCACGAGAAAGCAACCAGCUGGGAAUUAGAGGAGCUGAUUCAUGAGCGAACCUCUUCAGAUGAGGAAUUAUCAACCAUCCGGGAUAGCUUGAAGCAAAUUACCGCUGAUUUGGAGCAGCAGAAGUUCCCUUUAACACACGAAACCCUUUUAACAGUUGCACAUUUGAAGCACAUGCUAAUGGAGAAUCAGUGUCAAGUGCAAGAGCUUCAGCACUGCCACGAGGCCAAGCGAAGCGCCCUGCUGUACACCAUUGGAGAACUGCAAGAUAGGUGCAAAGCUCUUAGUCUUAGCGCCUUUGAGCAGGACAAAUAUCAGCACCUGAGGAGACAAAUGGAGGAAUCUAGAGACAUUGCCAAAGAGCAAAUCCAGCGUGCCAACGACAAAACACUCAGUGUGGGAGAGAGGUUCAGACUAUACCAAACACUCCUGGUCGAACUUCCUUUGGUGAAGACACAGUGUCAGGAAGCAGGGGACCAACUGGAGGCCGUAGCUCAGGAGUUGCAUCCGUCUGAGCUCAACUCAGAGCGGCACAGGAUUCAACGCACUGUGGAGACUUUGGUCUCCUGGGAGAAUUCUGUCACAGCUGAUGUCAAAAAUCUAGAGACCAAGCUUCUGCUAGGUCUGCGCUUUUCCUCUGAGCUUCCUGCUUUAAUUGAGUUGUUCCAAAGGACAAGAGAGGAGCUGGCGGAGGCCGAGCCAGUUGCUCCAGAUGAGAAAGCAAUAGACAGCGCUCUACGAAGAUACUGGGUCAUGUGGAGAAAUAUGGAGUCUGGGAUGCGGGUGUUAGAGGCUCUUGGACGGAAAGAAAAAAUUAACCUGAAGAACUGCAAGGAGCUAUACUCUCUUAGAGAUGCAGCCAUGCAAGAAUGCCAUUUACGAAUGGAGAGUUUAUCCCAGGCUCGAGAAUCCCUGAAGGAUUACCAGUGGGCCGCUCAAGGAGCAAUAGCCUUUCUUCAUAAUGCUGAAGCCACCUUUCUCUCAGCUCCUGGAGGGUUUUUGGACUGUACCGAGGAACAAAGACAGACCCAGCAGGCUCUAGAAGCUCUAGAAGACGGAUUCCAGGCUCAUAUAUGCCACCUUGUGGAGCUGGUGCCCCAGCAGCCCUGCCUCUCCCGUCCAAAGGCUGAGCAGCUCCACAUCAGCAUCCUCAGCCAGUUGUUGGUGGGAAGGGCUGUGCUGGAGGCCCAGGCCCAGCUCAGGCUGGAGUCCUUGCAGAGGUGUGCAGUAAGACAACAAAGCCACAGGAGCUGUCAUGAAGACAUACGGCAGCGUCUCUCUGGGUUUGAAGCCAGGCUUUCAGAGUGUGCCACAGCGCAAGUGACGUCAUAUGACAAAUGUGUUGUCCAACAAAAGAGAGCUACGCUGCUGAUGGGGGAUCUCCGCAGCCUCGCUGGGAAGAUAGAAGAACUGACGGCUGGAUGUCCGAUGCAGGGCUGUGGGGUCGGUAAAGAUGGUGAGCUGGGUGCCCUCUGGAGACGCUGGGUAUCGUUACGACGCGGUCUUGGCCUCCUGAUGGCGCACACAGAGCAGAGACAAGAGGAAUGGAAGGACAUCACUACAAGUAUCGAGCAGUGUUGCAGCUUUUUGGCCAGUCUUCAGGCUGAGGUCCCUGACUCCUCCACUGUGAGCUUCACCCAAGAGAAACCGCAGGAGCUUCUUGCCCAGGCUGAGAUGCACCAGGCUGGGCUGGAGCAGGAGCAGCAGGCCUUAGCCUCCCUGGAGCAUCGUCUGGAGCACGCCCUGAGCCUGUCCAGCUCCCAGGAUCCCGCCAGUCCUGGACCUGUUGGCAAAACACUUGUGAAGAUCCAAGAGAAUGUCAGGAGCCUGAGAGAGAGAAACCUGCUGGUUGUAGCUGCAGCCCAGGCAGAGGAGAAAGAGAGACAGCAACUCCAAGAGGAGAUAGGAGAGCUGGAGGCACACAUGGUCGACAUUCUCCCCACACUGGAAACCUGUUUGAAUCCAAGCAAACGACAGGAGCUCAGGAAGGAUUUGUCCUCCCAGAAAGCCAGACUGAAGUCUAUCAUGGACGGUGUGCAGAGCCGGUAUGCAGAGAUUCCUGCUGAUAUCAGCAAACAAUUACAAGACGUUCAACUGUCCCUUCAGAGAGCAGAGGUGAAGCUCAUCGAGGGGAGCAACCCGGUUCGGAAGCUGGCUGGACGAGUGGUAGAGCUGGGCUCUGGCCUCCAGAGAGUGAACACGUUACUGGAGCAGAAAAGUCCAACAGUCAGCGAAGCUCAAAAUGUGCUCAAGCGUGUUUGGGAUGAGCUGGAUGCAUGGCACAGCCGCCUGAUGCUGCUGGAGAGCGAGGUGCAGGAUCUUGCGGAGGAGCAGCCCGAUCACGCCCACCUCCUCAUGGACCAGCUCACACAACCGCUGCAGCUGUACCAAAACGCAUCGCAGAUGGCCGAGCAACGCACCUCCUUCCUCAGCAAGAUCCCUGCCUGCCUUCAGGAGUUUGAAGACAUUUUGCACAGCGCCACCUGUUGGUUAGACGAGGCCCAGUCAUGGCUCAGCGCUCCUUGUUCAUUCACAACAGCCAGAAGCCUCAAGAAUCAUGCAAACUCCCUACAGCUGGUCCUGGACGACUCUGAGAGGAUCAGACACGCCCUGCAGGACUUCAGGCUGGUGCUGGCUGAGAUCUCUGCCGUGUGCGACAUCAGCACGCAGGAGGAGAGGCUGGACCAGAACGACCAACAAGUCCGCAAAAUGCAACACAACGUCCUGGAGCCGUUAGAGCAACUCCUUCAGACUGCUGGAGCGGUGGAGGCGAUGGAAACUGAGCUAAAGACUAUGGAGAAGAACGUUCCGAAGAUCAGAACAAUUUUAUCCUCCAUGGAUAACUCCAACAUACCUCUGAUGGAGCACCUACACAACCGACAGGUAAUCUUGGCCAAUGUGCAGUCAAUGCGGAAGACACUGGAGGACAUGGAGAGGUGCAAAGGAGAGCUUCGCCUCCCACAGGGAGCAGAGGAGAGUCUGCUGGUCUUCUCCCGAGCCAGACUGCUCCUGCAGCCGCUCGAGGAGCUGGAACAACUCACCCAGGAACAGACCUCAGUGCUGGAGAACAAGAUCAGGGAGGAGGAAGAAACCGGUCAGGCUCUCAGUAUCACCACAGUCUCCAGUAUUCCUGAAGAGAUGCAGCAGCACGGCAGAUCCCCACAAAGACUCCAGGAGGCUUUUGAAGUGUCUAACUCAGAGGAAGAGGAGGAUGAGGAUGGCGAGAGUUGUCACUCGUCGUCCUCUGACACACUAACAUGCAGUAUCCCAGAGGACCCAGAGGACACACUCACCGUUUCAGAUGUGACAAGUGAGGAUAUUGCUGAAAUGAAGCCGCUGUCAAAAGUUAAGGAACUGGAGAGUUUGGCUCAUACGUCUUCUCCUGAAGUGGAGUCGAGUUUAAAAGCUGCUGAAUCAGAGCUUUUAUCUGUGACGCCUGGGAGCAACACUAUCGAUUUUGGAUCUAAAAAUGUUGAACCUGGAUUAGUAACAGUCGAUUCUAAAGCUGAUGUUGGCGAUUCAUCUCAUCCCAAACUUCUGAUGGCUGAACCGCCGCUGAUCACUGCAGCCACUCCAGCAGCUGAAGGCCAUUUUACUGCUGCUGCUGCUGCUGCACUGGACCAACAUCAAUCACCAAAGCAUAAAACCUUUAACACCGACCCUCACACAAAGCCCCCUCAGGCAGUGGCUGCAAUUGAAGACACAAGACUGAUUCCUACAAGACCUAUAACUCCAUUCUCUAGAGAAUUAGCUGGGUUUCAUAGAGGAAGGGACACUGUUAAUGGUUUGAAGGAGCAGAUAGAAGUCAGGAGCGGUCAGAACAGUUUGGUGGAAGAAUCCCAACAAGCCCAGGAGUCGUCUAAGGUGCCACUCAGCUUGACAGAGCACGAAGAUGACGAGAAGGAGCAGCAAAGGUGGAGUCGACUUCACAACCAGAUCUCUCAAAAACUGACCACUCUGAAAAAAGUUCAGGACGAGCAUCAAACCCACGAAAAGGUGAAGUCCGCAGACGGUUCCCAUCCAGGAGUGAAGGAGGAGUUGUACGAGGCUGUGCGGAGGGUCCUCCUCUGUCUGGACGCUUGCACUGACCUUCUGUUGACUCCUGGUGGCGCCAGUGAAGACGACCCCCGGCUGAGGCUCCUGCAGCAGGAGUGUGUUUCAGCUGAGCUGGUGACUCUGGCUGAGCUGUUGAAUAAAGUGGAAUCAGACGCCAGACCUGCGCUCUCAAAAGAGGAACCAGACGCUUACCACUGUUUGACGCGCCUUCAGGAUUGUCUCCAUACAGUCCAGCUGGUCUUCACCUCAUCCAGCAAUCAGCUCACUGAACAUCUGGGCUUCAAAACCCAACAUCAGGAGUUUUUCAACCAGCUGUGUAUUUUGGACAAGUUUGACCUGGGACAGAGCGAGACCUUCCCAAGUAUAAAGGAUGCUCCUGGUUUGGAGCAGUGUGUCCUGGGCAGACAUCUGAGGGAGAGUCCAGGGGAAAAAGCCAAGCUACAGCAAACCUCCCAGUCCUUGCUUCAGGGGAUAACUCACCUCCUGGAACUGGGCGAAGAAUGCAUAACAGAGAGGAAGAUGAGCCGGGUUCACAGCCGCAGCCAACUUCAAGCCGUUCUCAGCAGACACAAGAAGCUCAUGCAGGUCCUCGGGUCUCAGUUGGCUUUUGCGCAGCAUCUGUUCCGACGCGAGCCAGAAGUACUCAAGUGUCAAGAGGAUGAGCGGUUACAGCUGGAAGUCAGGGCCAAAGCUUUGCAGCAACAGGCUCUGGAACAGGAAGUGGCUUCUCAAAGGAGGCUGCAGGAGUGGACCCUCUGGGAGGAUAAUUGUGGUCGACUGGGUCGUGUGCUGGACGAGUGUGAAGCCCUCAUCAGCAGUGGAGAACCAGAGGGAGUCGAUGAGGAGGAGUCUGUCAGACUAGAUGCCUGCCAGCAAACACUGGCUCAGUUAGACGAGAGCAGAGCGGCCUUAGGACUGCUCCUGGAUCAGUGCAAGGUGCUGCAGACAGAACCAGCGUUUGCUGCCUCGGUCGGCCAGGCAGGAGGCGCUCUGGAGCUGCGAUGGAGGAGCGCCUUCAGGAGGACGGAGCAGGAGGUUCAACGCUGCAGAGACAUCCAGAACAUCCGGGCCAGGAGUCGUCACGUUCUGCCCCGCUGGAUGAGCUAUGUUUUCCUCGUCCCCCCCACAGAUUCCAGAAGGACUUUGCCUUCCGUCAGUGAAUGGCUGGUUGGUGCCAACGAACACCUGAAGACUUGGUCAGACCUGGCAGAGUCCUCAGACCUGAACCAGGAGUGUCUUCACAACUGUCUAAUCAAGCUGCUGGACUUCUCCAUGGAGGUGGAGGCCAUGUCGGUGCAGAGGGCAUCUGUGUCCAGGGCAGCCACUCAGCUGCUCCACCUGAGAGAAGCUGACUGCCCCGGGCUGAGAGCUCAGAUCGCACAGCUGGAGGUCAACUGGACCCGGCACACGUCUGAUCUGUCCAAGAUACAAGACCAGCUGCACCAGCGGCUGCUGGAUGGAUGGCCACCGGUGGAGCUGCUGUCUAACCUGGAGGACUGGCUGAAGAAGCAGGAGGCUCGGCUGAUUCAGGAGAAAGAAACACUUCUCAAGGCCAAAGACGCUGCUCAGAUGACUGAAGUCCUGCAGCACUACCGGGAGUUAAAGGCAGGUGUUGUCAGUGGGCAGCUCCUCCUUGACUUCCUGUGUCAGUCUGGGCCUCAGGCAGUGGGAGCAGACGUCCAGUCUCUCCGGUCUGAGCGAACAAUGUUUGCAGAAAAGCUUGGCGCCCUUAGACUCCAGUGGCUGCACCUCCAGAGGGAGCUGGAGAGCCAGAUCCGCGGAGCUGAACGGAUCCAUCGCACUUGUGCAGUCAGAGAGAGGCGGUUACAGCAUCUUCACAGUUGGAUAGAGCGGCAGAAAGAGCAGCUGAAUCAGUGGGAACAACCCACCAGUCAAACUCUGGCUCAGAAGGCUCUGCUGGAGUGGCAGGCGGUUGUAGGCAGAGUGAAGGAGGUGGCUGCAGCUUUGCAGGAGUUAAAAUCCACACGUGCCCAUGUUGAAAAAGAAGAGGAGCGUCCCUGUGAUAUCACCUUCUCAAACCAGGCAGAGAGCGUUAGCCGUGCCUGUGAGGAUCUUAGUCAGCAGAUGGAAACUCUGAGACCAGCUGUACAGCAGACAGUGGCAGAGUGGAGCAGUUUUGACAGAGAUCUUACGGAGGUUGCUCUGCAGGCCAGUAGGGUGCGCUGUGCUCUGCAGCAUCAGCGAGCUCCUCUGUUCUCACUAAAGCAGGCAGAGGGAUACAUGGACCUCCUCCAGCAGCUCCAGGAGCAGGCUGGAAAAGGAGAAGAGCUGUUGGCAGCUGUGGAAAAAUCAUUCCAGUGUCUUGCAAAGACUCUUCAUUGUGGAGCGGCACAGGCACUAGGUGAUCAAAUGGAAGGAGAGCGAAAACGGUGGAAGGACGUGGUUCAGGAGCUAAAGGACGAGCAGGUGAAGACUGGACAGACACUUUCCCUCUGGCAGGAGUACAGUCGUCUCUCUGAGAACUGCUCCCUUCACCUGCGACACCUGUGGCGUCAGUGGGAGGAGCUGUCGAGUUCUUCGCUCGCACCUGAACAGAACACGCAGGCUGUGAUUCACACAGUGGAGAAGUUGCAGGAUGUUGCUGAGAACUUGCAAAGCAGCGUGGGAGACGUGCUGGAGGCUUCCAAGCCUCUUACUGGUCUGCUAGAACCACUGGCUGCAAAUUUAAUCCAAUCGGACACCAGACUGCUGUCACGUGACGUCCUGCUGCUCAGCCAGGCAAUGUCAGGGAAAAAGAAAAGUCUUAAGGAGGAUUUGGAGGAGCAGAAGUUAUUUCAUACGUCUCUGCAGACCCUUGAAAAGCAGACACAGAACAUACAACAUAAACUGAAGGCUGGUUUAAAUGACAAAAACUCUGUGGAGCAGGUUCUCUCGGAGCUCAGUGAUCUGUUACCAUCACUGGUUGACGUCAGGGAGAUGAGUGGCUAUUUGAUCCUUAACGACCAGGAGGCGGAGAGACUGCACAUGCUCAUCAGGGAGUGGAUGGAAAGCAUGACUCGCACAUCUGAUAUAAACAGAGAGCUACAGGCUGAGCAUCAGGGUUCCCAGACCUUUCAGGAAAAGUGUAAGACCCUGACACAUAUGAAGGAGAAACUUGUUGAGGAAUCAAUGCCCAAAAAGCCUCAAAGUGACUCCAGUCUUCAAGAGAUGUUGACUGUCCAUCAGAGGCUUCAGGCUGAAGUAAUUACUGCUGGACACCAGCUUCUGCAGGGUCUUCUCUGUGAGGCAGUCAAGUCCAUGGAAAAAGAAACCGGAGAGAAAAGAUCUGAGUUCUUGGCACAAGUGUCCAGUGUGAGGGAGAGCUGGUUUAGUGCCGUUGUUCUGGCUGCUCAGCGCAGGUCUUGGGUGAAGGAGCAGCUCAGGCAGCGGAGAAUCUACCACCGCGGCUCCAAACUUCUGCGGAGGCUGCUGAGGGAUGUUGACCCUCUGCUGCCCCCUACUGGCCCUGCUCUGUGUACGCUGCAGCAGUUGCGAAGCUGUGCGGACGAUCACCAGUGUGUUGAAGAGGCUCUGGGUCUCCACUCUGCCGUGUACAACCAGACUCUGGAGGCUGGAAAACAUUUGAGCGAAACCAUGACAGAGUCUGAGAGUCGGAGUCGACUGCAGUCAGAGCUCCAGGACCUGGAGGAGGCCUGGAAACGAACCACCUCACUGCUGCGGAGGAGAAGAGACCUGGUUAAUACAACUGUUCAGAUGUGGUCUCAGUGUCAGGACGGGAUAACCAACAUUAAGACCAGGAUGAAGCAGCUGCUGCCUGAAAAACCAGCCGACUCGAAGAAAGAGAAGCUCAUUCAGGAGAUAGAGCUCUCUCUGCAGCGUUUGUCCAGUGGAUUGAGGGAACUGGGCACCAUGAAGACAGACCUGUCCCAGUACAUCGCGGCUGGUGACUCGGCUCUGCUGGAGCAGCAGCUGGAGCAACUCCACGGUCAGUGGGAAGAGCUGUGCAUGAAGGUGUCUCUGCGCAGGCAGGAAAUCGCAGACCGCCUCAAUGCCUGGACCAUCUUCAACGACAAGAACAAAGAGUUCUGCGAUUGGCUGACCCAGAUGGAGAACAAGGUGUGCCACAGUGGAGACCUGAGCAUCGAGGAAAUGGUGGAGAAGCUGAAGAAGGACUGCAUAGAGGAAAUCAAUUUGUUCAGUGAGAAUAAAAGCCACCUGAAGCAGUUGGGUGAGCAGCUGCUGUUAGCCAGCGAUGAGGCCAAGCAGACUCAGGUCCACGGCUCGUUGCAGGAGGUCAACCAGCGCUGGCACAGCCUCUUCCGUCAGAUCGAAGCCAGGGUGAAAAAGCUGAAGGAGACUCUGGUGACAGUGCAGCAGCUGGAUAAAAACAUGAGUAACCUCCGCUCCUGGCUCUCCCGCAUCGAGGCCGAGCUGUCCAGACCAAUCACCUACAGCGUCUGUCACCACCAGGAGAUCCAGAGGAGGCUGGCCGAGCAGCAGGAGCUGCAGAGAGACAUUGAGCAGCAUACGGAGGGCGUAGCGUCGGUGCUCAGUCUGUGCGACGUUUUGCUGCGGGACGAAGAUGCUGCCGGCGGCACUGAGGCAGAGAGCGACUCCCUGCAGGAGACCAGCCGUAGCCUGGACCAGCGCUGGAGGACCAUCUGUGCCAUGGCUCUGGACAGGAGGCUCAGGAUCGAGGAGACGUGGAGACUCUGGUGCAAGUUCCUUGACGACUACUCACGGUUUGAGGAUUGGCUCAAGAUGGCUGAGCGCACCGCCGCCAACCCCAACUCUGCAGACGUCCUUUAUACUGUUGCCAAAGAGGAGCUCAAGAAGUUCGAGGGUUUCCAAAGGCAGGUUCAUGAGCGUCUGACCCAGCUGGAACUAGUCAACAACCAGUACCGCCGUCUGGCCAGGGAGAACCGCACCGACCGGGCCAGUCAGCUCAAAGCCAUGGUCCAUGAAGGUAACCGGCGCUGGGACACCCUGCACCGCAGAGUGGCUGCCAUCCUCCGCAGGCUGAAGUAUUUUACCAGCCAGAGGGAGGAAUUUGAAGGCACCAGGGAGAGCAUGCUGGUGUGGUUGACGGAGCUGGACCUGCAGCUCACCAACGUCGAACACUUUUCAGAGAGCGACGUCCAUCACAAGAUACAGCAGCUCAAUAGUUUCCAGAAGGAGAUCACGUUGAACACAGAGCGCAUUGACGGGCUGAUAGUGUUUGGAGAGGGUCUGAUCCAGAAGAGCUCACCGCAGGAUGCAGCACUGAUAGAGGACGAGCUGGAGGAGCUGCACACCUACUGCCAGGAGGUUUUCAGCAGACUGGUCCGCUUCCACCAGCGCCUUAGCCAGCCCCCGAUAAUCAUAGAAGAACCUGAGCUGUCCAGCACCACCUUUUCCUUGGAGUCCAGCUUGGAGCUGAUUGGUCGGCCUUGGCUCGGGCGGAGCCAAGUCAGCCUCCCGGCCACACCCACCCACCUGCUGCCCUCCCCACUGGAGCGUUCGGGUCGGGAGACACCGGUGAGCGUGGACUCGCUGCCUCUGGAGUGGGACCACACCGGAGACGUGGGAGGUUCGUCGUCACAUGAGGAUGACGAGGAGGAGGAGGAGCACGAGGAGGAGGGAGCUUACUUCAGUGCACUAUCAGAGGUGGAGUUGACCGAGAGCCAGCAGGAUUUUGUCGAAGCCCCCAAGGCGCUACGAGCCUCCUCGCUGGCUCCAAGCAGGUCCAUGGUCGUACAUGAGUCUCCAGGAUGGAGGUCAGCAACAGACCUGGACACACAACCUCUCCAGGGCCACACCGAGGCUGCACCCACCCUCACCAGCACUCCACUAAAGCAGGGCUAUCUGCGUCUCAUGUCUCAGUGCAGCGGUAGCAUCAAGGACAUCAAAAGAGUCUCACUGAUCCUGGAUGAAGAGGAGCAGCCGAAGGAGCUCGGUCUGACAGGACUAACAUCCUCAGACAAACAGUCAGGUGUGAUUGAACGCUGGGAGCUGCUCCAGGCUCAGUCCAGGAGCGAUCAGCAGGCCGACCCUCAGGAGCCUCAACAGCUCACGUCCGACCUCGACGACAUCACCUCCUGGUUAGAAAACGUGACCCCGGAGCUGGACCGCCUCCGGCUGUCCGACCCCGCCACGAGUAUUGAAGACAUGGAAUCCAGAGCCAAAGAACUAAAGGAAAUGCAGAAGGUGUUUACUCACUACAAGUCCAUCAUGCUGUCCAUCAACCUGAGAGCUCAGGAGGCUCCAGAAUUACAGGAGAGACUGGCGAGUAUGAACAGAGACUGGAGCAGAGCAUGUACAGGCGUCCAGCAGUGGGACACCAGUCUGAGGAAGACUCUGAUGCGCUGCCAGGAGUUUCAUGAAACCCUCCACUCUCUGUUACUGUGGCUGGCCCACGCAGAGAGUAGACGCUACACAGUGGACAUCAAUAAUCCAGACACACCUGUCAGAGCCCUGCAACAACAUCACAACACACUCACUGACCUGCAGGAGGAGCUGAGGGGCAGGCAGGUUCAGCAGGCCUCACUCCAGGCUCUGUGGUCUCAGCUCCAGCCUGAGGACGGAGCGGAGGAGAGCGACGAGGCCCAGGAGAAACUCCACGUCACAGGAAGCAAGCUGAGGUUGCUCUUGAGGGAGGUGGACCAAGACCUGAGCACCCUGCAACAGCGACUGAGCUGUGAAUCUGCAUCAGACGUUCAAGGUCAAUGUGCCUCUGCAGAAUCUUCUCAGGAGGCUGCACACUCAAAGAAAGGUUCCUCCACACAAAGAGAGAGGAGGGAGGCGUCGCCACCACGAUCCUUCUUCUACCGAGUCCUCCGUGCUGCUUUCCCCCUCCACCUCCUCCUGCUGCUCCUCCUGCUGCUCCCCUGUCUGAUCCCCAUGUCAGAGAGUGACCCCAGCUGCACUGUGACUAACAACUUUGCACGGUCUUUCUAUCCCAUGCUACGCUACACCAACGGCCCACCGCCCACCUGAUGACAAUAAAACUGGGGAAAAAAAUAUGACAUUUUGCCAUUUUUCAUACGAAACAAGUCAUCUUUUUGUCAAACUGAAACACACGACCAAACAUAUAAGAUUAAUAUAAGUCACAUUGAUGAAUCUAUUAUUUCCCAAAGUCUCUAAACUGUAUUUUAAUGUCUAUUUUUUUAAGAUUUGAACAUAGAACAUUGUAUUUAUUCCAGGAAGAAAACCUACCAAUUUGACUCCAUUUCAAUCAGGAAAAACAGCAUGUGAACAAAAAUGUAGAUAUUUAAAUUUAAUAAGACAAAGAUCUGUCUAAACUAUCUAAGAACAUUGAUCACUGCAUCUUUCAGCUACUGUAUGAUAGUCAGGAAAAGCCAGCAAAUAUAUUUAGUGAGUUCACUGGAAAAUAACAGAAGAGGUAAGACCCGGUAAAAUGACAAAAUCACAUUUUUUUACCCAUUUGACUCAAUUGGGUUUAAAGUGACUGUAGAAGGCUACACUUUUACAUGUUCAUACUCAGAUGUCACUACUAUCAUGCUCUGAACUGUACGUUAUUUUAUGAACUGGUUGACAUUUCAUGUUUGUCUAACAUUAUCUUGCCUGUUAUACUGAACUUGACAAAAAUGUAUUUUUUAAAAACAAAAGACACUGGUAAGUUUGAAUGUACUCUAUAAGGCCAACAAUACAAAAUUAUAGCAGUUUUUAUACACAUACAUGUAUAUCCAUAUUUUUUUAGAUGUUUUUUUGUAGGUUAUGAGCAGACAUUUCCAUCCUCCUGGUGCACUGUUGAAACACUGUAGAUUUAGCAGGAUGAUGUGUAUGUACAGAUUGUAAUAAUAUAAUUCAUAUUUAUAACAUCAAACGGUGAAUUUGUGCUCCUGAUUUUCUGGUAGUAAACACUGAUUGUCUUAA